GCCCAGCCCUGAGUCUAGAGAGCAAGAGGGUGGAGAAGAGACAGAGGAAAAGAGAAACCAUUCAGAGUAAAACACAGAAGAGGCUGAUUUAGUAGUGCGGCGUGCAGAUCUGGAAGCUCCAUCACUGCUGGGGAAAAGCCGCCUUUUGUGUUUCCUCUCGGUGCAGCAGGAAAGUGCGUUUGCUGUCGUGCCACAGGGGGAGAAGGAUAGAAGUAUCCUCCAAUCAGCCGUUAGUGAUUUCGCUGAUCUUGUGAGGCUGCUGAUGGGGAUUUAUCACUGACCUGAGACAGGCCAUGCUCAACACUCCACCCACCUGGAAUGCUCACAAUGGUUUUUAUAUCUUUUCUUGCAUGUUAAUAUCCAAAUGUGGAUUAUUUCUGAUAGCAUAACCAAAGGACAAAGAGAGGAUUAAACUGGACAUGCUGCCAUUCUUAAACUUCUUUUUUUCUCCUGCUGCAGACUGAAGAUGGACUAACUUUCAGACUUGAUUUGUGUCAUAUGUGGACACCUUUUAUUUUGUUUUUGUUUGUUUAGUUUAUUUUACACACAUGACAUUUUUUUAAUUAUGUCAUGCCGUGUUUGAUUCCGAAAGCAUGAGAGGUGGGAAUCAUCCGAAACACUCCACUGCAACAAUCAUGUAGGAGUGACACAGAUAGAGGUGAAGAGGCGAUGGAAAGAGGGGAUGACAGUUGGAGCACACCUGCCUGCUGAGCUUGUCUGGCACCUUCACUAUAGUUUGAUUGGCUGAAUGCUCUCAACAUAUUGACUAUCAGGUGGUUUUCCUCAAGUUAUCGUGCUUCUCAUUGUGGAGAUAGCACUCCUGUGUGUGUAUGUGUGUGCGUCUGUGUAAAAUCCUCUGUGUUUAGGAUUAAAACAGCUUCUGGAAAGGAUACAGGUGUAGUGAAGCCUUGAAUAAGGAUUAGCUUUAACACCUUGUUGAUGGUAGCACACGAGCCGGUGGACCUUUCAGACAAGACUCUUCAGCUCCGACCGCUCGUUGGAGGAUUAAAAAUAGAGGUUUAACCAAAAUGAUAAGACUCAGAGGGCAAUGAAAGUUACAUUUAGAUUCUGUUCCCCUCCGGUUCAGCUUAUCUUUGACUGGCUGGGGCUGAUAUUAAAGCAAAUGGGGUUCUGUAUAAAUAGACUGGGGGCCAUUUAUCAUAGUUUGAAAAGGACAAUUAAAAUAUUGACGCACUAAAGAAGGUUUUUCUUUAGGUUUCUAAAGAAAUAAACUGCUUUGGUAAAUGAAAUCCUAAGCUGUCCAAUAACCCAGAAAGCACAGCUCAUCCAUGAUCUGGUUUAAUAUUGAUUUCACUCCAGAUUCAAGAGUCUUAUCUGAUCACUGAUCAAGAGGUCACUAAUUUAAUAAUAAUCCAUCACUUGUCCCCCCUACAGCAGUUUGAGUGUAGAUAAUGCUAUAGCUGAGCAUCAAAGGUCCAGUAUUUCUCAUUGUGUUUGACAGCAGGCCAGAUAAAUGCUUGAGUUGACUGUAACAUUAUGUAGUUUUUAUAUUUUUUCUACCUGUUUUGCAUUGUUUAAAGAGGGUGCUUGAAAAAUGUCAAUUCCCUGAUGGCAGUUCUGUUGAGAGUUACAAGAAAAUUGGCAGCAUGUGAGUUUAGUAAGGGUUGUAGUUGAAUCAUUGUGCAGGUGUAUAUUCACCUUAUCUUAGCUGCGCAGCCAGAGGCUUACAGGUUUUACUUAAUGGUGUCACGGACACCACCUGACACCACUUCUUUGAUCCAACUUUUCCACUCAGCAAGUUUCAAUGUUUUCUAAUGCAUAGAUGCAUUAGAAAACGGCUUUAACUGAGAAUUGAUCCUUAAGUAGAUGACCAGAGCAGAAGAGGGUGCUGACGGGGCUUUUAGAAAGACCCGUUAUCUCAGCAGCCCCACUCAGCAACCCUUCAACAAAUCCGGAAAGCACAAGAAAUAGUUGGUGGGAAGUACAGCGUGGGAGUGAGGUAAAAAGAGGAUUGAGGCAAGUUCUUUGAUAGUUGCAUUGUUUGGGGAUGUAGCACUGCGAGUGUGGGGGAGUUCAGCUACAGUAGAGUUCUACUGCGAGUGCUUGCUCUAUGGUGCAGCUUUAGACUUUAGUGAUCAGUGUAGCCAGGUAUUAUCUUUGUGUAUCUUUGUUUUUGACUAAAGCGCUUCAUUGUCUGAAACAGCUGCCUCUAUUGAUGAAGAUCUGUUGAUGAAGCACAAACCAACAGGACAUCUGCAACUCAUCAUGUCUCCAGAUCCAUUCAACAAUUCUUCCUGUGUUAAAAAAGAAAGCUUCACUUGAUGCUGAGUCAUCUGUAACAAGCAGAAAAACUUCAGAUGAUUUUUUUUUAACCUUGAGGAAAUCAUCAUUUACGUUUCCUCUGGAUUAUAACAUUUGAAUUGUGAACACAACACAAGUGAGCGGAGACGCAGCCAAUUAAACUGUGCUCUUCCUCAGUGGGGAUGUGCUGCGUGUUACUCUGAAGAGGACUAGUGUUAUAUACCACAACCUCUGUGAAUGAGGGUGGGGCUCUCCCACUGCCACAGACAAAGAAUCCUGCCCUGAAAACUGGUCAUCAGUUGUUGCACCUGCACCGUCCGGCAUCCUGUCAAAAGUCACAAUGGGGUGCAACAUGUGUGUGGUUCAAAAGCCUGAGGAACAAUACAGGGUGAUGUUCCAGAAGGGUCGCGUAGGCAACAUGCUGUGCUCUUUCGAUGCUGACGGUCGAUUGAAGGUGAAUGGAAAGGAGCUAUCUCGACUUUCUGGGGAUCCUCCUCUGGACAUGCGGGACCCUGUCCUGUCUAACAUAUUAAAGCGGGGGGCUCGCAGAUGGGCAGGCCAAGCUGGAGCUCCUGGAGGGCAAGUGCCAGUAACCAUGGGCAUGGCUGACUGUGUAGACAGCUGCACCCAAACCGACAUCAGCUUCCAACAUAUGUUGACUCUGGGCAAGAGCAGCCAGCAUCCCUGUGGAGCUCCACCCCCACCCGACCCUCCUCCCUCUCCUCCACUACCACCACUACUGGAGCCAUAUCUAUUCAAUGAACUCUUUACGGAGCCCGUAUACUACGACCCUACCGACUACUUUGACAUCACUCAGCAUGAAGUGGACAGGCAGGAUGAGCUGGAAUAUGAGGAGGUGGAGUUGUACAAGUUUCGCCAGCAGGAUAAACUUGGUCUGACAGUGUGUUACAGAACUGAUGAUGAGGAGGACCUCGGGAUCUAUGUGGGAGAGGUGAACCCAAACAGUAUUGCUGCAAUGGACGGCCGCAUCCGCAAGGGAGACAGAAUACUGCAGAUAAAUGGAGUGGACAUCCAGAACAGAGAGGAGGCGGUAGCUAUUCUCACCAGGGAGGACAGCACUAAUGUUUCACUGCUUCUCGCAAGGCCCGAGAUAGAGAACGACAACCAGCUGGAUCUGGAUGAGCUGGACCUGGAGCCCCUUGACAAUGCCGUCCACCUCAGCAGCAGCCACAGAGUGGUGACCAGCCCCUCCAUGCUGGGUGCUGGACCCGCCAGCACUGCUGGGGGAGGUGUACUUCGUAGCCAUUGUCACUCGGUGAGCAGGGAUUCACCUGAUUUGCUCAAGACAGUCCUGAGCAACAGCCAGGAGUUGGACAGCGGGGUUGGCCGUACAGAUGAAAGCACACGCUAUGAAGAGUCUUCAGAACACGACCUUCUGGGAGACGACCACACUAGUGCCUCUAACACAAAUGCAACUAACACGCCUGGCAGCAUGCGCAAGUUCCUGUCCAGCAGAGGGGACACUCCACCUCUGCUGCAUUCCCAAGACCUUCAGUUCAGCACAGACUCCCUCCUGGGACUUGACUGUUUUAAUGGAGGAGGCUUGGAACAAGUAGAGAGACUGGAGAGGGCCUACAUGCCAGAUCCUGUAAGGAUGAUGAUGCCUGGUCUGACUGAGGAAGAGUGUGAGAGGUACAAAGAGCUACUGGAAAUCAAGUGCUUCUAUGAGAAGAAUGGUAAUGCUCAGGGGCUGGCUCAUGAGGAAGGGGGUGUCUCACUGGAUGAGAACAGGAAUGAGAGCCUGACGCAACAUGAGAUGGCUCUCCUUGAGGAGGAACUCCGCCACUUGGAGUUCAAAUGUCGAAACAUCCUGAGAGCCCAGAAGAUGCAGCAGCUGAGGGAGCGUUGCAUGAAGGCUUGGCCUCAUGAGGACAAGAAUGGAGCAAGCGCAGGAGCUGGAGUAGGAGCUGGAGGACGUUUGGAAAUGAACGGUACUUUGGUUAGUGAGGAGUCCUGUCACCACGCUUUGUCAGACAUCAAUGAGCUUCCAGAGAGGGAGCGCUCAGAUAAGGACAGCACGAGUGCCUACAACACUGGAGGGGAAAGCUGCAGGAGCACCCCUCUGGUUAAUGAACAGCAACCUUCACCUUCCAUGCAGAGUCUGGAGGGGGGGGAGUCUCUGCUUACAGCAGCUAUGCAGCUUCCAACCUCCAUUAGGCAGAGAGAGAGAGGAACCCACGAAAGAGGGGAUGGGAUUCAAGAAAACCUGAACCAGCCCUACUCUCCACACACUCACAGAAGAGGGGCUGAGGCUAAGACCUCCAGCCCAGGAGUAAAGGUUAGGUCCCUGUCCCGGGAUGUGGGAACCAGGAGGGGCUCAGAUGGAGGGGUAAGACGCAACCCCAAAGGUAGCGGGACAGCUGAGAGGGCUGGUGGACGGAGUGCAGAGAACAGCCCUUAUUUGUCCCGCCGUCAAAAUGAGGUAAAGCCCCCCCAGCGUUACCUGAGCUGCAUGCAGCUGAGGUCCCCGUCAGCCUCUGAACGCCUAGGUGGACUUAGAAACGCUCCCAAAGAGGGUACCAUAGAGAAAGAAGGUGAUCUCAGCCCAAUGAGUUUGGCCAGCACAUGUAAAGAUGUUGCCCAGCCCCCAGGUGCUGUAUCCUUACCUUUGUCCUCUCCACUGCUGCCAGCAUCCCCUCGAAUGGAAUGGAAGGUCAAAAUCCGUAGCGACGGCUCGCGCUACGUGGCUAAGCGGCCUGUGAGGGAUCGCCUCCUUAAGGCACGUGCCAUGAAGAUAAGAGAGGAACGCAGUGGCAUGACAACAGAUGAUGAUGCUGUCAGUGAGAUGAAGAUGGGCCGUUACUGGAGCAAAGAGGAGCGCAAGCAGCAGCUGCUGAAGGCCCGAGAGCAGCGGCGGCGCAGGGAGUUCAUGAUGCAGAGCCGUCUCGACUUCCUGAGAGAGCGCGAGAGGGAGCAAGGCAGCGGUGGAGGAGGAGGAGGAGGAGAGCAGCAGGGGACGACACAGCCACAGGAGCCCACCUCCAUCCUGGAGCUGUGCCAUCGCAGGAGCAUGAAGAAGCGUAGCCGCAGAAUCCUGGACAACUGGAUCACCAUACAGGAGCUGCUGGCUCAUGGGAGCAGGUCUGCUGAUGGGAAGAAAGUCUACAAUCCACUGCUGUCUGUCACCACUGUCUGAGAUGAGAUGGGAAAGAACAAGGGAUUAGGAUGAGACACUUGUCAUUGGAUGAACACAAGCUGAUUCCCUACAUCCUGGCACGAAUGUUUGUCAUCAACAUAACAUUUAUGAGAAUCAUAAACUAGCAUAGCACAGGCCCCAUUCUUAAAAUGAGACAA